CUACUUCCUCUUAAUAUUGUUUGUGGAAGAUAACCCUUCAGAACAAGGGAAACCUUCACUCUCAUCUCUGCAGAGUAGAUCUGGGACAUGAGACUGGGAACUUGUCCACACUGGGAGCUGUGAAAGAUGUUGUCUCUUACAAGUAUCUUCUUGGAGUAAUUUGGUUGUUACUGAGUCACAGGAACAAGGAGCUUAUGUCAGAUGAAGAGGAGAAAUAUUUCCCAGUGAGGUGUUACUGCAAUAUAGUUGUGCUGCAAGAAGAAUUACCACAGGGAUACCAGUAAACCUCUGAAUGUCCUAGGGAACAACAUUCUGGAGGUCUUGCGAAGUUCGCAGAUGUGACUUAGAUAUAGGCAGUUCCUGCAAGGGCUGAUGAAGGCAGGGGAAAAAAGAAAACCAGAAUUGAAAAAAACUGUAAACAUGAUUGGGGUGACAUAACUGCUGGUGUGGAGAAGACUGCUCUGCAAUGACUACAGCAAGAUACAGGCCUACCUGGGAUUUGGUGCUUGACCCAUUAGUGUCCUGCAAGCUCUGCCUUGGCGAAUAUCCCGUGGAGCAGAUGACAACAAUAGCACAAUGCCAAUGCAUCUUCUGUACCCUGUGCCUAAAACAGUAUGUGGAACUGUUAAUCAAAGAAGGUCUAGAAACAGCAAUCAGCUGCCCUGAUGCUGCCUGCCCAAAGCGAGGUCAUCUGCAAGAAAAUGAGAUUGAGUGCAUGGUUGCAUCAGAAAUCAUGCAAAGAUAUAAGAAGCUGCAGUUUGAAAGAGAAGUGCUUUUGGAUCCAUGCCGGACUUGGUGUCCAUCCUCUACUUGCCAGGCAGUUUGCCAGCUCCAGGAAUCAAGCCCACAGGACCCACAACUGGUCCAGUGCAAAGUGUGCGACAUUGAGUUCUGCUCUGCUUGCAAAUCUAAUUGGCAUCCAGGUCAGGGCUGUCAAGAGAACAUGCCAAUCUCUUUUCUUCCAGGAGAAACAAGUUCAGUUUUUAAAAUGGAAGAUGACAACGCUCCAAUCAAACGCUGUCCAAAGUGUAAAGUUUACAUUGAAAGAGAUGAAGGCUGUGCCCAAAUGAUGUGUAAGAAUUGCAAACAUGCCUUUUGCUGGUACUGUCUGGAAUCUCUUGAUGAUGAUUUCCUCCUUAUACAUUAUGACAAAGGACCUUGUCGAAACAAGCUGGGUCACUCCAGGGCAUCUGUUAUCUGGCACAGGACACAGGUGGUAGGAAUUUUUGCAGGAUUUGGUCUUCUACUUUUGGUGGCCUCCCCUUUCCUUCUACUUGCUACACCAUUUGUUCUGUGCUGCAAGUGCAAAUGUAAUAAAGGAGAUGAUGACCCUCUACCUAGCUAGACUGGGAAAAGAUUGGACUCAUCAUAACACGUGUUUUUAUUUUAUUGUGCUGUUAUGUUUCUCUCUUGCACUUACAUUACUGUAGCCUUACUUGCCCCGUUCUGCUUUUCAUUGACACACAGUCUUGGUUCCAGGAACUGUUGUUACUACUGUUAUAUAGAUUACUUGAUAAUAGACAAGGAGGGUAACAGAAGGCAAGUUUGGUGCUAAAGGGAGACCAUGGACCUGGGUAGCUACCUGAAAUCAAGAGGUGAUACUGCUAAAAAUAAUGCAAAAAGUUGGUGCUGCCCUGCCAGUGGACUGGGAACUGUACUGAACGACAUCAGCAAAACAAGUGAAAAAGCAUACAAAUAUAAACUUCGGCAUAUCUGUUCGCUUCCAGAUUUGGUGUCUUAUUCCUGUAUAUAUUUAAGUUGCCUAUCAUUUAAAUCAGAUAGUCAACUUAGUGUGACUUUAUUAUGUUUAUUACACAUUGUUUUUGUUAAAGCCAUCACAAUGUCCUUUCUAGUACCUAUUCUUCCAAGUAUAAUAAAAUUAGUAAGGUGCAUAUAGGCCAUCCUAUGCCUUUCUUGAAAUUUGGGGAGGGUUAGAGGGACAAAGUUCAUCCUGCUGCCUUCCACAAAUUUUGUCAAGUCUUAUAAGAAAUUCGUUUGAUUAAAAGCUACAUUUUAAAAUUAAUUGAUGAAGCUGUAAGGUUGAGUGGUGACACAAACCUGCUAUCUAAUCAAGGUUCUUUUAAAAAUGCAUUGAUGGUAUUGAUUACCACUGGACCACUAGUGUUUUUCUGAAUUGUUAUUUUUUGCUGUUGUUUAGGGUUCUGCUACACUUAUAGGGCUACAUAACUUCUAAUCCAGGUAUCUUAAUCUUUUUAUAGAUACAUAGAUAUAGAUAUAUAUAAUCCUAUUUAAACCAAAUGUGUAAAUAGCUGUGCUAUUGAAAUAUUUUUGAAGUUCAGGAUAUAUUGCUUCUGUCUUUAGGACAAUUAUUUAAAAAUACAGGACUAACUUUAAUAUUUAGCAGACUCUUGGGUUAUCAAUGAAUCUUCCCUUUUAAAUAUAAAAAUACAUCAUGGUUAUCCCUGUAUAAUUAUCCCUGUAAUAAUAAAAUGCCUGGGAUAUAUGUGGAAGUUCUACUUUACAUUUAAACUACUUAGCCCAUUUCAGAGUUAAUCUUGUAUGGUAUGUGGUGUAUUGUGUUAAUAACAAUACUGUAACAAAAUAAGGUUUUAUUUGAAAAAUAAUCACUUGAUAGUUUUGCAGUAUUCAGUGCUGUGUUUUCAGGGUAGUAAAGUGUGCUAGCCAACAUGCUACAUCAUUGUGGUUUCUCUUUAGAAAUAUUUUAUUGAAAACCAUUUUGCUUUGAUUGUAAAACCUACAAGAAUUUGACUCAUAACUUCUUGCCAUGAAAUAUGAAGCACCUGAAACAAUGUGUAUAUCUGUAAUACUGAAGGAAAACAUUCUUUCGACUGGCUUGUGGACUGAAGUCUGACUGCAUUUUUGUCAUCAUCAUUUAGUUCUGUGCGUCAGCAAUGUACUGAGGUGAAUGGAUAUCUUGAAGCCAGAAUAACUUUACACUGAAAAUGUCUUAAGACCCUUAAAUGCAACUACUUGUGUCUGCUGUCACAAACUGGGAAUGUGUUUUCAAAACUCAAGCAUAAAAAAUUGCUCUUUAGCUUUUGUUUUACAGUCUGUCUGUUAAUAAAAAUACUGUAGGGCGCAGUUUUGAAAAGGGCCACUGUCUUUUUAUAAAACUAUUUUCCUCCCCCUUCUUCCAGGUUUAAUGCUAUUCAAAUUCAAACUCUGUCUAACCACAGAUUUUACCUCUAGGAGCUGGAGGUUAUCUGUAGUUCACUUAUUUGGCUUGAUUUUAAUGAGUUCAGCCACUAAAAUGUGAAGAAAAAGGAUAGCUGGUUUCCAGCAAAUAUGAACUCCUUGUGAUAUCUUCAGAUUGUUUAUGGCAAUGUGCAGUUAAGAUCUUUUGUUACCUGAGUAUUUUUAGUAGUUGAGAAUUUGUUAUUGAAAAUUACUUUGUUCUUAAAAAAUAUCUGUAGUGAAGACUGGGUAGUGCAUUUGAUCACUGUUUGCCAACCCCUAAGGGUGUCUGAAGCACUGCUGAGUUCAGCAGGCAGUGAAGUGCUUAUCUCCCUCUGACUCUGGUGUCAGCUCAGUCCAUCUCCCAGAGGUAUCCCAAGGCAAGCACCUGGGUUGUCCUGAGUCAUAGUUUCACUGUGCAGAAAACUUUCUGUGAAGGAUUCUGAGAAGGACAGCUUCCAGCAGGUAAGCUUGAACUGUGGCCUUACCUGCAUGGCCCUGUAAUUCUCUUUAACUGGAGAAGAAGAAAAACCUGGACAACAGGAUUUAAAGAUUCAUGGGUUAUUAAUUUUCUAAUUGGGGGCACUAAGAGAUUCUGCUGUAAUGUGGCUGUGACUCUGAUGACCACAUAUGGGUACUACUGGGGUCAUAGUAAACAGCAGAGGUUCAGUGCCCUGUGAACAGUAUUAGAGUGUCCUGGUAUGAUGAGGUUUGUUUUCUCUAUGCCUUUCUUAGCUUUUAUGUGUCAAUACAGCAAAACUUGAGUUUCCCAGAGUAUUGUGUGGCCAGUUAAUAAUCAAUGUCAAAAUUAAUGCAUUUCCAAAUUUAAAACAAAAAGGAAAGAAAAAUGUCCUUUCCAAAUACAGAUAUUUUUUAAAUAAUAAUUUAUAAUUGAUGCUCACAGGUAACAUUAUAUAUAAUGGGAAAACUAUGUUAGUAUAUCUCUGAUCUCAACGCACCUGAAUUGCUACUGGAGAUUUUUAUGACGCAGCUCUUAUUUCACAUCCUG